AUGGCGAAGAAGAAGUUGGAGCGGUACCGCAAGCAGGUAGCGGCCCGCCACAUGGCGCCAGUUGUGAAUGAGGCGGUGGCGGCAGCAGCAGCGGCGCAAGGCGCCGUAGACGUCCCGCUUGUGCAUGUGCCUGCGAGCGGCGCCGCCCCUGCGGUGGAGGCCGCCGCCCCUUCCGAGUCGACACUGCUGGCGGACGCCCUCACGUUUCCCAACGGCAAUGUGACGAUUGAACGCUUCGACGACAAUGAGCUGGUGGCGCGGCGCCGCACCACCGACGACCCGUGGGACAUUGGGCUGCGCUUUGAUUGGACAGUCAAGACGCUCGCGAUCGGCUCGCUGCCUCUCUUUGGCACCACCGACCCUCGCCGGCUGCACCCGUUCAUGAAGCGUUAUCAGUCGAAGCCCGUGUGGUUCCUCGAGGAGGUCAGUGGUGCCAAGGCAAACAACAUCCGCGAGGUGAUGGACGUCCUCAAGAAGAGCCUGACUGCCCGCUUUGUCUUCAAAAAGUAA